AUGGACGACUUCUCACCCAUUUCGCAGUUGCAACCCCCUUUAGAGAAUGAAGUGCUCAAGCAGACCUACCCAUCCGCCCUUCAAUUACUGUGUUUCAUCAAAACCUGGAAAUACAUUAUCGAUGAUACAUCUCAGCCGCCUACUAUAAUGUACAUUGGAAAUUGGGAUGAACUUGUAAGCACUAUGAUAGACGGCCUUAAAUGGCUACCAGCGGAGCGCCACACGGGCAAGCAUUCAACAGUCUCGACCAUCGACCUUUCUAACCGCAUGAGCACCUUCAACAUGCAGGGGACAGCAAUACCUCGACAUAUAUCGAGGAUAGAGAACUUUCCAGCUGAGAUUAGAGAGUUACUGCUGUACCACGUACCGGAUGCGCACAGUCUCAGGUCUCUUGCUUUGACAUCGACAACCUUCUUCAGCACCUUCCUCGGAGCCAAGGACCCAGUGAAAGCCGUUCUCCGCAACGAGUUCUCACCAGAUGUCCUUUCUGAUGCCCAAGCCGCACGAUGGUCUGCCAAAUGCGGGACUGAGGUGCAAAAACUGAAGCAGCCGAGGCCAGAAGUAUGGCAGGGACAGCUAAUGGAUUUUCUGGAUAAGAACGUCAAGACCUCCUGGGCAUUCUCCGACUCUCUAGCUUUGACUGAGCUUCGUUUCUAUGUCGACUACUUCGCCGAGAAAUAUUCUCGCUCUAUCUGUGAUAAGCUCCAGAUUGCAGGACACUUACGACCGCAAGAAGUGGAUCGAAUUAGAACGGCAUUCUACCGUUUGGAGACUUAUUCGAACUUACGCGAGACUCUACUUUGGGACGGCAUCUAUCCUCAGCUCGAGGAGAUUCGAGCGAUGUUCUUUGUUCACUUCGCGCCAUGGGAAAUCGAGCAACUUGUCGCAGUCUAUGAAUUCCUCGUCACGGUAGUCUCAGAAGCGCAAAACGAUAUCGAAGCACAUGAUAUUGAAAUCGCCAACAAGAUGGACGAUGUCAGAUGGCUAGACGAUGGCUCCAAUAUGAACGUUCGGAAAGAGCGUCAAGUAUUCCGCGGCCUUGCAUUUCUCUAUCAUCUAGAUCAAGCCAAGGGAUUCCAAGAGCGAUAUGAACUCUUAUCCCCGGUUUACUACGAGGAGUACAACGACUUCGCGCAAAAUCUCCCCCAAGGUCGCAGAGCCCCGUCUCUCGGUCGCCCCCUCCACCAUUUCAACGACACCGACCUUAUCAACAGACUUUCCACCUCUCGCACUCAUAAAACCGACACCGCGCCUUUCACAGCCUGGAAAUGGGCGCACGCAAACACCGCCUUCAACGCGACAUCCGACCUCCUCUCCCAAGCCCUCCUCGGCCAGCGUGAGUGCUACGCCCUGCGCGCCUCCGGCUACACGUUCCUCUCCGCCGACAGCGUUGCCACGCAUUUCACCAAUCUCGGACCACACGCAUGGGACAUGUCGUCCUGGCCGUUCCUGCAAGACAGAGCUAAGAUUCGUGCGAAUCGUGUUGUGAUGGACAAUUCUAUUAUGAAGAGGAAAGACUUGUUUUGGAAAGGGUGGAGAGGGUGGUAUAGUGAGGGGGAUUACAGUCGGGUUGUCCCUUUCACGCAUUAUAAGACGAAAUAUUAUAAUAAAAGUAGUGAUCGGGGGAGGAAGGGGAGGUGGUACCGGAGGAGUAAUGUGGCUGAUGAGUUGGUGGAUAGUCGGCGCUUGGACCAGACGGAUUAG